GGUUGCUCUGUGGGUAUAAGAAGGGGACACUUGGCCCAGAGCAGCAUAACCUUUCCACCUGUAGUCCAAGCAACAUCUACUUGCGGAUCUAAGCAGGAUUCUUUCUUUUCUUUUUUUUACAAAACCUCCAGCACAGCUUCCUGCGGUUUAUUUGGAAAAUGCAGGUCUCAACCAUGCCACUGGGACAAUACGGGUACUCGAUGCGCCAUUACGCGCCAAUCUACCCAGAAUACAGAAGCAGCAAGUCGGUCUCCUCCAAACCGGCCAGUGGGAAAUCCUUUACCAUCGACGCUUUGCUGGGCAAAUCAGACCAUGCUUCUUUUGAGAGUGACAGAUCAAGUUCUCUUUACCACAGGGAAAAGUAUCCGUCUCUUCUAGCCUCUGCACUUCCACCGCCGGCAGCUCAGCAUUUCUACUCGCCGAGCCUCAUGCAGACCCACCCUGGAUACCCUCUCUACUACUGCCCGCCGUUCUCUUACCAGGCAACAUGUCGGGGAGCUGUUUACGCCCAUGACAUCCCUCUAUCCAAGCACAGCCUCCAUUCGUUUAAGUCCAAGGGUGGCAAAUCAAAGAGAGUGCGUACAAUUUUCACCAACGAGCAGCUUUCCCGACUUGAAAAGGAGUUUGCUAGGCAGCAGUACAUGGUUGGCUCGGAGAGAUUCGUGCUGGCGUCGGCUCUCCACCUUACAGAGGCUCAGGUUAAGGUCUGGUUCCAGAACCGAAGGAUUAAGUGGAGGAAGCAGAGCUUGGAGCAGCAGCAGGCAAAACUCGCCAAACUGGGCCUUGUGGCCCCCGUGAGCAGCCCCGACUCCCGCGUAGACGAGGACCAGGAAGAAAUCGUCUUCUCCGAUGAGUCUACCGACGAUCUCGAGGCCUCCCUCAACCAUUGUUAAAACACCUUCUUCAAAGAAGCCACAUGGUCUAAGUGUACCAGUACCACAAGUGUACGUUAACUGUAUAUAAACCUGUAAUUAUUGUAAAGUAUAUUGUUAUUUUUAAACUGUAUAUAAUAUAUUUAAAAAAUAAUAAUCCGAGUUGAAUAAUAAAUUAUGGAAAACGUUUUUGUAU